AUGCCCAGAGAAGUAAAUAACGAUGAACAUAUAGAAUCUUCAAGGAUAAAGAGGGAAGGAGUUCCCGAAAACAGGGACUUGACCGUCCUCCUUGUAAACCAGAAGAGGAAUGACUAUAACACGAAGAUCGGAAGGUACCACAGUGUCAAACCACUCAUCGGCCUACUGACAUCGACGGCGAGGACGUUCAUCCAAGAUGGUGUCACCACGGAGUACGCCACCCAAAUCCUGGGCACCACCUUAGAUAACGGCCGCAUUUACGCUCAGCUCCUAACGAAGUCUUCUCUAGUACUUUACAAUAAGCCAACCAAUGUAGAAGACCCUGUUAUUGUCAAACCAACUCGCGUACAUUCAGCUUUCGAUGGUGAAUGGAACGUCAAGCAAGAUCUAGGCUUCAUUGAUCCUGAAAAGUUCGUUCUUAAAAACACUGAUUAUCUAGCACCCAACAGUAAAAUGGAAAUAGUCUAUGCUAGCAAGCCAGCCCAAGAUGGUUUUAAAUUCUGGAGUCCUUCUGCUCCUGAAAGUCAGGCUGAUAAUCAAAUAUUCGAGGAACCCACUGGUCGUAGAGUACAGCCCGUUAAAGAAAUCCCACGAUAUGUCCAAAAUGAAGCUUUAAAUUUCCUUGACGGUCCAUCUAUCGAUAGCGACAAAAAGUUUGAAUUUGUAGUGGAGCCAUCUAUUGUCAACAAUGUAAAUACGUUCAAUAGACAAAGUAAAGCAUAUGAACCGGUCACUGAACCAAUUAAAGAAGAACCACGUCCUAAACCUGAGGUUUUAGACGAAGUAAAUGUAGUUAAAGUUAAACCUACUUACGAUUUACCGACGUUCACAAUUAAGAACGAAUUCUCACCGAUAUUUUAUUAUAUCGAUAAUGUUGAGUCUCGUCGACCUCAGCAGCAGGCGGCGCAGCAAACGAAAAUACCUAAAAAAUUGUUUGGUCAAAAGAGUGAACCAAGACCAAAGAAGACUUUCACUUACGCAGGCUUUGCUGACUUUACAACUGUUGUUGGUGACACAGUCAUUAUAUUUAGCCCUAACACUGAAACAAGUAGACCUCAAAAUCCUGACGAAGUAAACGUUUUCCCAUCCGCUAAUCGCAUUGACAAAUUGUCCACUAAAAUAACUUUCCUCGCUGCUGAUAUUCCAGUCGCUUCCUCUACUUAUAAAGCUCAUGAAGCUACAUCAGCAACCAGAAUUCCAGGCCCUGCUGUAGUUGAUGAGAAUAGGUCUGACAAAGCUCUUUUCAAUGACGAAGAAAGCCUAAAAAAGGUAUUGUAUGAAGUUGAUGAUAAGAUACCUGAUGUUGUUAGCGUUCAGUAUGAUAACGGAUUUGGCUUAAAUGUUGAUGUCAUUCAACCUUCCGAAUCUCCAAUGACUACCACUGAAAGUACUCGUACUACUGACGAUUUGGGUGUUAUUCCCAUUAAUGAUUACUCUAAUUCUGAGGCAACGGAACCGUUGGCAACUUUAUCCCCAACUACUACAAUCUUUGAAGCGCCUAAAGAAUCGGCGGUUACUGAAAGUGAAAUGACUGAAGUAUUCACCAAUUCAGAAGAAGAGUCUGAAAAUACUGCUGCUGAAAUAACAGAAAAACCAGAAGAAGAAGAGGAAGAAGAAGACGAAGUUACUACAGAAAUGCCAGAUUUUAUGACUACCACAGAAAGUGGUCACAGUGAAGAAUCUUCGGAAGAAAUAGAAACCACUACGGAAUCUAAAUUUACUAUUCCUGAUACGCAAGAAGACAGUAAUGAAGAUACAAUGGAUGAUACUCAAGAAGUAAUCUGUACGGAAGGUUUUGAAACUCAAUCUACAAUGACGACUGCGUAUAAAACUUUAACUUACUUGACGACUUAUUUCAUACCUCUUGAAAGCACAGAAACUACAACUUCCAUCAAGUCAGAUGUGGUAGUUGAGAGUAACACCGGUUUCCUCACUAAUGUCGUUUGUAGAACAAACAUGAAUAUUGAACCAACAGCUGUCGUAAAUGUUGGUUAUUCUGUAGAGACAAAAUCUAAAACCAUAAAACCAGUUUCUGAAGAACCUGCUAAGCCUCCCACGGAACCAGAUGUAGUAACUGAAAGCCCCAAAACUACAACACAACGAGACGAAGUCCAAACAGUUCAAGAUGAACAAACUACUGGAACAGUACAAAGUUCAAACGAAACUGAAGAAACGGUUGAAGAAAAAGAAACUACUACUACACCUUCAACAACUACAACAACAGAAAGAAUCACAACAAGCCAAGGUCACGUUGAAGUGUCUGUAAGCACAGAACAAACGACUACAACAACCACUACUGAAAAAGCAACGACACCAGAAGAAGUGGAAGAAUCAGAAAACGAGAUUGAUGUAAUUUACAAAACACUUUACACCACUUAUACUUACUUUACAACCUUCUUCGGUGACCAAACAUCGAGCGUUGCUAGCCACAAAUCUGUUGUCACUAACAUCAUUACAUCAACAAUCGAUCUUUCUAAAUUAGAUCCAUCACUAUUAGGAGCGUUCAACGAAGAUGAGAUUGCACCAACCAGUGUGGGUAUAGGCAGGCCAACAGAAAUAUUUGCCAUUAACAGUGCCAUUGAUCUUGUUAAAAAUAAAGACGUCCUUGAGUCUGUUGAAGGAGACGAUAUUUAUAGCUCUCAGACGCCCACGCCAUCAUUAGGAGACGAUAUUAUUGCGAGCAUUAAGCCCGAUGCUGUUAAGACAUAUUACACCACUUACACAUUCUUUACGACUAUUUAUGUUGGUAAUGAUGCUAAUAUUUGCAGCAGAAAUGAAGUUUAUACAAAUUAUGUUGGACCAGAUGAACUCAUUCCCACAAAAGCCAAUCCAUUAGCAGUGGAAAAUACAAGAGCUCAAUUUGACUUCAGAAACUGUAAACAAAUAAAAAUGGAGCAAGCUAACCUAGAAGAAACUGCAUCAAUGGAAACUAGUGUUAGUAUGGAAGAAGAUAAAAUACAAUCUUCGGUAGAUUCUAAACCCGAGGGUACACCAGAUCCUAGUCCGAUUGAAGUGGAUAUGUUGUUUAGUGUAGAAUCUAAUCCUUUGGAAUCCGAAAACUCUUACGUUACUGACAUUAAGUCUUCUUCUUCCAAAGGAGAAAGGAAGUUCCUUGACAAUAACAAUAUUAUUUUAGACGACCAGAUCAGCUCAGAAAGUAACAUAGAAGAGAUCUUACCAUCACCUACUCUAUUACUGCAAACAAGUUACACAACAUUCACAUAUUUCACCACAAUGUACAUCGGUAAGGAUUCUAGUAAGGUUAAGAGCCGCUUGGAGACAAUUACAAAUGUGGUCACAGAAACUAUCAUGCCUAACAAAGAACCCGAAGAAGAGAGUAACCUUCCAAUUACUUACUACACAACAUUUACUUAUUGGACUACUCUGUACAAAGACAAGUCUACCACCAUCACAAGUCGCGAAGAGAUCGUAUCUAACGUGGUUACACCUGUCGCUCAAUCAGUGGCCACAAUCAGUCCUAUUGACACUACCCCCAUUGAUGUUGACACUAGCUUGCCACCUAAAGAGUUAGAAGUAGAACUAAAACCGUCUCUAGUCUCAGACAAUCUGGAACCCGACGAUGGCAAGGCCACAUUCUAUACCACGUACACAUAUUUCACUACCUUCUACGCUGGUAACACUUCUCAGGUUAGAAGUAGCUUGGAAACUGUUACCAAUAUUGUUGAUAACACAAAGCUUGUUGAAGACAACCAACUAGGUAGGAAAGUACCAGUUGGUGCAGCGGAUCAGAACUUGAUUCAGGACAAUGGAGAGAAACCACACAUAGCUCCAACAGUCGUAAAAGAACAAAUUAUUCCUACAAAACUACCUGAUGCUUCUUCAGUUCCUGGUACGGUACUUCUAGGCACCUACAUUGAUAACUUGUUUGCGGAAGUAAAACCAGCAGAUAAACCAUCUACACCAGCUCCAGAAGGGGAAAAGAAAAUAUUAUUCUCUCAAGUGGCUGUCAUAUCUGGAGACUCUACAGUUGUAACCAGUGACAACAAAUCUUUGACUGUUGACACGACCAGUUCAACAACGACAACCACUGAAAGUAACAUUAUUAGUCCUACUCCCGAAGUGAUUGAGAGCUCUGUAGCAGAACCUGAGCCUACUACUGAAACUCCAAAUGAGUCAGAGGAGGAAGAAGAUGAUAGCACUAACACUAGGAAGAAAUCUCGUCUUACGUUCACCCCAAAGAAACCAUCCACUACUCCUGUGAUCAUACCAUUCGCAUCACGGAAUCGACCAACGUUCAUUCCUAAACGUGUACCAUUGUCUAGUGGAGCUACAACUAUCACACGUGCUGACUUUACACCACCUGUUAUCACUGCUACACCAAGUUUGAAAUCAGUCAAAACAUCCGGAUUCGGUGGUAACAGAAAACAAACAGCGUACCCUGGUUCAUCAAGCGCAGGAAAGAGGUUCCCAGGGCGCGCUAGCGCUAAUAAUCCAUCUGCUAAUGCCCCACAAGCUUCAAGGCCGGGAGGUUUUGCUGUGAGGGGAAGCAUUCAACCUACAUCUAGAAGAACUGGUUUCCGAUCUAGUUCAGGUCGACCAAGCAGCUUAGAUUAUAUCAAUAGAUCAGCAGCACCGAGGGUGAGACCUACUGCGUCAAGCAGGCUUCCACCAGGCAGAGUUAGGCCAUCAGCCUCAAUAACAUUCCCACCAGAUCAGAAUGAUGAAACUUUGGCAACUCAACAGGAAGAAAACGCAACCGAAGCAUUAGAAGAGGUUUCUGAAGCGCCUGCUAGAACAACAAAUAAUCCACUUCUCCGAUUUAGGCGACCCCCUGUUCCAAGACAACCUGGUACAGCUAUUACUCCUAGGUCAACUACAGCAUCAUCUAGAAGGGCAGUCACGCCUCGAGGCAGACUAACUACGACAACUAGAAGAUCCACAACUAGAACUACAUCAAGUCCCCUUCUAUCGUUACGUAGAAAUAGACCAAAUGCACUCUUCCCCAGAAGAAACUUAUUCAGACAACCGGAACCAGAACCUGAAGAAGAAAUAAAGGAAGACGAGCAGAAGGUAGAAGACAGCGAAGAAAUCUUAGAAGAAGAAGAAUUUGAAGAAGACAACGAUUAUGAUUCAUCUGAUAGAAAGGAACGUCAAGUAGCACAGCCACCUCCCGCUACCGCUCCCAGGAGAAAUAUAGUACAAAUAAGGCCAUUUGCUUUUAAACGGCGCACUAAACGUCAAGCUGAUUAUGGGAGUAGGAAAUAUACAAACUUUAGGAGACCAGGCACUAAAACAACAACUACUCGACGCCCAGAGCCUGAAACUGAAGAGCCAACUACACAAAAAGUGAGACCUGGUAAUCGCUAUAAUGGACGUUCUUCUAGUGCCGGAAGAACAACAACUGCCAUUGCUCCCAAAUCAAACGCACGCCAACCAUUCGUUGUCCGUGGAGAAACUAGAACUACAACUACCACAUCUACCCCGGCAUACAGAAGAGGAAAGUCAUCUCGACCAUCAUCAAGAACAACUACGACUUCCACCAGGCCUAAGCCACCUAAGACACCUAAGUCCCCCAGAUUAAACAAAAACUCUUCAGGCUCAAGAGCUAGUACCUCCCGUAGUUCAGGAAGAAAUUCACGAACACGUACCACUACCAGCAGAGCUAACAGCAGACAAAGGAGUUCUUUCGAAAACUUCAGUGGUGAACGCUUCAACGUGAAAAACAUUUUAAAUGAUGGAAAGAUCACUAUCACACAUCAAAUACCAACAGAAGUAACAGUGCCAAUUGUGAAUGGAAAGAUAACCGAGUACAAAAACUUGCUAUCAGCAACACCUCGUCUAGAAACAUUACUGCUUAACCAAGUUUCAACUUCAUUCGGACCUUUAGGCAACCCACAACUAGUGCUCGCUGCAGAAUCCACUGAGUUAGCUGACAAUGGAGCCACUAAAAUCAUUAAAUACUUAUUACACGAAACUCCUACAACUACUGUAAUUUUCACACCUACUACCAUCAGAGGUCGUAAGACAUCCUUUUCCCACAUCCUUCCUAGUACUGUUUACAACGUAGAACCCGUUACUCAAACGAUUGCACCAGAGAUUAAUUCGAACGUUCCUCUCGCUAAUCUUUUGCUUUCACAACUGUUGCUGGGCAACCAGCAACCGGCAAUCAACCCAUUCCUUGCCCUUCAAGGACAGGGCUUGAUUCCUCAACAACCAAUAGUACAAACUCCAGUAACUGAAUACAAAACACGCACAACUACCUACGUGACCACAGUUACAGAUGCUAGGGAGACUGUGUUACCUAUCACGUUUAGAGGUCAGGCCAUCCUAACGACGAUUGUGGACCCUACCACCAAUGUCAUUACGGCAACUGAAUUUGUCACUGAUACUGUAGUUACUACCCCAACAGUAGCUCAGGCACCUCAGCUCAACUCAUUACUUCUUCCUCUACUUCUCCAACAACAGCAGCAACAACAGCAACCCGCACUGAACUUGCAAACCGCUAAUCCUUUGCUAGGUUUAGGUCAGGCAGAUCUAGCUGCCUUAGGUGGUCUUAAUAACUUUAACAACUUAAACCUGUCACCGAAUUUGAACCAUCAAAAUAAUUUGAACAAUGACAUUUACAGUAACAGUCCAAAACCAAACAUCCUUUCUGAUCUGAAUAGCAAUGAGGACUUUUCUGAAGAUAGUGAGGGACAAGAUGUUGAGGAAGACCUUCCACCGCCACCGCCGGCUGCUCCCUCCCGUAGGAAGUCUCGUCCAAAGCCUGCUGCAGCAGCUGCCCCCGUGGGCCCUCCCAAACACACCAGCGUAGUGACUUUAUACGUAUCAGGUAGACAUCCUGGUGAAUUCAGCACAGUGCUAUCAACAGUUGUGUCAGAUGACACACAAACCGUAAGAAAACGUGAAGCCAUAUAUUACGAUAAUGUUCAAGUUCUGCCAUCUUUACUGCCAACGAUCAGUGAACUUAGCGGGUCUUAUGUAGACGGUGGCAUUGUUACAGACUCUGAAAAGUACUUUAACAAUGCUUCGGUGGAAAAUCAAGUGGAGACACAAAGUUUAGAGAGUAUAGUGGGAGAGAUCUUCUUGAAUAUGUUCUAUCUAAAGCGCCUGGAAACGCGCCUAGUAAUGGUUGAUGAAUCAUUUAACAGUAAUGGUAUUGUAUAUGAUAAUACGCCUUGGAGACCAGGAAGAGACAUGGAUUUAGAGGCAAAAGAACCUGAAGAGGAUGAAAGAAGGUUAAAGAAUCUAGCCACAAGGAUAAUGUCGAAUGGGGUGGAAGUCUUGGUCAAGGAUAAAAAUGCUGAUGCAAAGCAAGAACAGACUAAAUACAUGGAAGUCAAGACCAUCCAACCAUCAGCAGCGACCAAUAUGUAUAUGAGCACCUACCCAAAGAUUGAUAAACGAAUUGACAGUGCAGAAGAUGACAGUAAUAGUUUCGAUCUUAUCCAGCCAUCAGAAGUCAGUAAUCCACCUUGCACUAGUUCCUGUUCCUGUAGCAACACAAAAACAGAAGGCUUGCAGACUAAAUUCAGCAACAUUAACUUUUCUGGAUCAUCAAGCAAGUAUGGUAUGAAGACGACGAACUAUGGAGCCACAAAACUAGACUUAAGACCAACAAACAAAGAAUCCACUGAUAAGAAAACAAAGUACGGACCUUAUGAAUAUGAAACUAAUUCCCACUUAGCACCAACCGAUAAAGUAGUUGAAAAGUAUACUGAAGUCAUCAACGAUUACUCUGAUGAAAAAGAUUCAAAUUCAGUUGAAGAAAGUGAGUUAUUGACAAAUGAACAGGCGCCAGCUCCACCAAAAACAAAUAAAGUAAAUACGAAAGUUCCAGAAAAAACGAAACCAGACAAACCACAGAAACCUAACAAAAACAAGUUCGUUGUUGCUGAUCUUUUAAAAUUAGGCACUUUGGGAAUUAAAGGUCUAACGCAAUUAGCACCGGUUAUUGAGAAGAUGACAGGUGGCUUUAUAAAACGACAAGAUACACUCAAUAAAACCACAAGUACGACGGUCAAGCCUGCUGUCAAGUUGACCGCUUACACUGCAAACAAAAGAGUAGACAAUGAUUUAGAAGGAAAACACAAUAACUUUCCAAUUUAUAUUCCAGUAGACGAAUUAGAAACUUCUGAAUCUCAACUAGUGUUUACUAAUGCUACAUUACAUCAGAACUUGGCGUGGGCAGCUGAACAUAAGCAACCUAAAGCACACAUUGUUCCACCUAAAAUUGUGCAUGAAAGCCCACUCGUCAACGGCGGUAUACCCAUUAGUCCCGGUGAAAUAAUAACAGCCAACUCAGACGUCAUUGUUGGGAAACCAGCCGUGGGUGGACCUUUAACCUUGGCCGCAAGUGGAAUCAAAUUGCAAAACUCGGUCAAUCCUCCGCCUAUUGAUAGUUUUAUUGCAGCAAACGAACAAUACUUUGUAAACGAGAAACCACUUAGUGAUCAACCGCCCAGUGACGACUCUUAUGAUUUGAGGCCACCUGAUUUACCCAAACCAAAUCCGAAACCAAACAGGCCUAUGUCAAGACCAAUGCAAUCAUUUAAUGUUCAAAACUCUGCACCGAAUGAUAAAUACCCUUAUCGCAUGCCAGCAAGUAUACAUGACCAUUUAAUGAAAACUGAACAAAUUAAAACUAAUUUACCUGUAUUAAACAACCAUGGUAGACCAGCAUUUUUAGAUUACAUUCCAUCUUUAGCGAAACCUACGAAUGCUCCCAUUAAACACAACAUUGAUUUUAAGCCUGUCAAUGAAGCUCAUGCUGACUCUGUUCCUGAUAACAGUCCAAGUUCUUCUGAGGUUGUAAAUACACAAAUAAGAACAGAGGACAGUUUCACAGUGGCAGGAAAUGUUGAAUCAAAUAAACCUUUCUUAGUUGACAUCCAACCAUCAAGAGUUGCAAACGUACUCAUUCCUCACGGUAGUUCUACAGCUUUGGUGUUUGCUGGGUCCUCUGAACCACACAAAACUGGUGACUAUAUCGAUGAUCCUCUACCAUACCCCGAGCCUGGUUACUUUGGCAGUUUUAGUAUAGAUGCACCACAAAUGACCAAUGUUCAUAAUGUACCAGCUAAUACAAAUAAACAGUAUGUUGGCAAACCGAAUGUUCACCCACCUUUAGAUAAUUACAAACCCAAUUUGCCACCGUACAAAGACCAAUCGCAUAGAAAUGAUCUGAAAAUAAAAUGGAAAGAUAACAAACGCCCAAUCGACUACAAUAAGAUACCCCCUCCAACAAGCAACCAAGAAACUCACGUGCAAGUUGGCCCACAAAUAACUGUUUAUGAUCCAGAAGUAUACAAUCCAAAUAAUGGUGAUUUUGAAAAAUAUAACAAACACAGGGGUAAAGAUAAACCGAAGGAUGGUAAGGAAGUAAUUGAUAAAGAAUACGAAAAUUAUUUGGCUGUACCUCCCCCACCGCAGCAGGUUCCUCAAAAACAAUAUUAUAAUCAAGAUAAUAUUUAUGACAAGAGUAAGCCCUAUAGCCAAAGGCCUAUAGUUCACACGAAACCAGUACAAGACAUGAAAGUAUUUUUGAAUAUUCAGCAUCCAGUACCUGAGCAAUUACCACCUAAAGUUACUUCCGAAAUCUACUUCGCUGCGCAGAUGCCAAACAGCAAGCCUACUCCUACUUAUACAAUCCGAAUUCCACCAGCGUCACCGAACUAUAACACCUACAAUCAAGCUACAAAUAAUAUGCAACCCCCGAAAGUCAACAACGUAGGAUCGAUUCAAAAUACAUUUUCAGUGAUAUCUUCCCCAAAUAUGGCUAAUAAAUCUUUUGUGCCACAAGUUAGCGAAGAUAAGGAUAAUACUUAUACUGUAACCCUGAAUACCGCUACUAAUGUUGCUAGCAAUAACGAGGCAGGGCAAGUAAUUGGCUCUAGUGUAGCUGUGCCGGUAGGAACAUCGACUCAUGUUAGCCAACUCAACACAGAUAUACCUAUAGGCACCAACUUUGCAAUUAGAGUAGAAGAUAAUACAUCACCAUUAGAGUCAUAUAAUUUGCAAGUCAAUUCAAACAGACCAACUGUUUUCAAUGAUAAUACCCGGCUAACCCAAGUUUCUGUAGGUGACAAUAGAUGGAACAAGAGCUCUUCAGAUACAAUUCAAUCAACAAUAGUAGGGAAUAGCUAUAAUAAUCAAAACUAUGGAAACAAAAACACAAACUAUCAAGACAAAAAUCACUACACCAAUCAUAAUCAACACAAUAUUAAUAAGAAUCAAAAUUACGCUAAUACAAAUCAAAAUCAAUACGCAAAUAACAAUCAAAAUACAGAAAUUAAGGAUCAGAAUCACAAUAACAAGAACCAAAAUGACGGAAUCUUCAAUCAAAACAAUGCCAACAAACAACCGACGCAUGAAAACAAGCCAUCUACAUAUGAAAACAAACCAUCAAGCUUCUCCGUUCAAAAUCAAAACUUUGGAAACGUAAACUAUGCUAACAAAAACCAAGACCAGGUUAACAAAGACUUUGAAAAACCAAACCAAAAUUAUGGAAACCAGAAUAAACAGCCCAGUUUUGAAAAUCAGUAUCAAAACUAUGGAGACAAAAAUGUACGCAAUCCUGCAAAUCCAUCUAUCCCACCGUCUCUUAACAGUCACGCUAACUUCCCGAUGAUGAACGAUUAUUCAACGUCUUCAACAGACAAAGAAAAUGUCACGCCAGUCACAGAAUAUCCAGACAACGUGAAAUCUGGUGAUGUCAAGAGACCAGCAAAAUUAAUUCCAAACAUACCAACAAAUUCCCAUGGUUGGUAUUCUAGUGUACUAAAUGAAAACAACAUUGUUAAUAACAUUAAAGUAGAAGCUACUACUAGGAAGAUUAUACCAUUGAUUCACGACUACAAUGAGAAAAAUAAUUCACCUCAUUUUGGACAAAAAAUUACAAGUGUUGGGAAACCACCCACCGAAUUAUGGUCUCAAAAUGGACCAACAGUAACAGGUUUUAAUAUAGGAAAGCCUUUUACUAAACCUCAGACGACAGAAAAGCCAUUAUCUACAAACCCACCGUUUACAACUAAACCAUUUAACAUUAAUUAUAUUCCUUCCAAUUUGGGUGGAAUGAGACAGCCUGCUUAUGACAUUCCAAUUAGAGAUAAUAGUGACGAAACCACUACCGCCAAAAUUAAAGUAACGACUGACAAAAUAAAGCCAGUAUAUGAAAAUUCAGAAGAAAUAUAUGAUGGAGAAGAUGAACCAGAUAACGCAGGUGAAAUUGAUGGAGAAGUUAGUUCAGAAUCCAUGAAAAUUCCUGUAGUAAGUGCUUCAAGCGAAAUCGAUAGUAAAUCUUCUACUGAGAUAACUCUUCUACAAGAUGAAGUAUUUGAUUCACCCAAAAACGAGGAGAAAGGUGAAACUAACAAAGUUCUUGUCAACUUUAAUCCUGGUACACAAACCGAAAAGCCAUUUAGUUCUUACAAUAAUACCGGCUUCCAAUCUAAUACGAUAAAACCAAUUUAUGAAAAUAAUCCGUACAAUAAACCAAGACCCUUCACCAUAAACACUGCAAUUGUUCUUGAUCAUCAGUUACAACAACCUCAUUGGCAAAUAAAUCAUAUGAUGGAAAACGCUACAAAUGCAUCUUACGAAGAUAACAUUGAUUUGAACAUCGGAGAAGAAAUGGACAAACCAUCAAAAUUCAAGCCAACUUCGUCUUCGAACCCUCUUUAUGUUACGGAAUCUAAUACAAAAUACAAGAGGCCAUCUAGACCCGUAUUUGCCAAUCGGUUCAAUAACACGCAAGUGCAUAACGAAUCAAUUAUAACAUCUACAGUUCAUAUUCAAGACAAAAAACCAUUGAUUGUCGAAAAAGCCACAGAAAAAACAACUCUACCGACAUUUACGUUAUCUAACUUAGAACUGAAUCGUUCUUCCAGUGAAAUCAUUGAUCUGUCACCACCGCCACCAACAAUGGACUAUAACUUCAAGCCAUCUACAAAUGAUGAGAUGAUUAUGGGUAUGAGUCCUCCUCCUCCAAGAACUCCUCCUGGUAUCAGACUUCCAACAAGAGUUCCUUUGACUCCUCGUCCAGCUAUUCCCAUAAGAACUCCACCUCCAUACAGAACUAAACCACCAAGGCCGGUUCCACCUCGAGUAACAACUCAGAGACCGGUUAGGAAACCAGUUGUUAACAGGGACGAGAUUUCAACUUACAGGCCCGCUUUUGAUAUAAUUAAUAAUAUUAGAAGACCAACUUACAACCGUGAUCAACCAUCUUCACAGCUUUUGCCUCCUCCUAGAGAUAUCCCAUCUAGGGUUGUCAGUCCUGUAGAAGUACCAGCACCAACAGUUAGCAUUCCAGAUGUUCCUAAUGUGGUCUUCCCAACACCAAUCUCUUCAGGCUGGUUAACCUCUUCUGGCAUAGAUUUCUCUUCUAGCUUUAACUUCAACCCAACGUCCAUUCAAUUCCCUGAAUCCCCAGAACCCUCCAAGAUUCCCGAUUCUUCUGAAGUAUCGUCUUCCUCAGAAAACUCUUACUCGUAUGAAACGGAAUCAUCUUCUGAACGUGUUCACGAUGAAGCUAGUUACGAGAAACCAAUUACAGAUGAUAGAGUGGUUGUUUCUAAAGAAUCUGGCACAGAUGCAAGUACUUCUACUACUACUACAACGACAACAGCUAAGAUUACAACACCCACUACAGAAUCUAGUGAAUAUUCACCUGAAACAAGUCAAGAAGAAACUACAACUGAUAAAAUGAAGGUAAUUCCACUUGGCAACAAGAAUAGAACUCGCAAACCUUACCCAGUACGAAUAGAUGAAAAGAAAACUACUACUAGCAAGUACAAGAUACCUCCUAAACCUACAUCCGUUAUCAAACCCACUAGAACUCUAUCUCGACCCGAAAUCUUGUAUCCGACAAGGCACACUUCUAUAAGAAAGGUUGUACGACCAAUCACAAGGGUUCCUCCUAUUAUACCAACUGGUAUUAUUGAAAGUUCUGAAUCAUCUAUUGACGAAGAUUUCAUUAGACCAACGGAAGUCUUGAAAGAAAACACACCACCAACAAUAGCUGAAUUAGAAGUAACAAGUCUGGUAGAAAGAGAACCUUCCAGCUUACCCUCAAGCGUUUUAAAUAGCCUUCCUUCUAGCAUUCCAACACCAAGUGUAGAAGAAAUUACAACAAUAAAACCAACUCAUCACGCUGGUAACGAAGUCAAGAUAUCAGACGAAAUUAUACCAACAAAGACUGAAUUUAGAACAACUGUCGUCACCCUCACUAAGACACUGUCAGAACCACCGAAAACAGUAUCUAGCAUUGGCUAUGUAAACCUGACACACACUUUAACUGUCACACAUACUAAGACAAGUUUAGUCAGUCAAUCAGAAGGAGCUGUAACACAAACACUUAUACUAACAAACACACAGACAUCAACCAUCGUUGACGUCGUUACGGAAGUACACACACAAGUGCAACCUACAACGAUAAUAGAGACAGUGACAAAACACAUACCGAUACAAGUCCAACCAACACCAGUACAAGAAAUAAUCCCAAAAACUAAAGUAUCCUUAGAUGAUAUUACAAUGUCUUCAGAAGAGAAUGAUAAUCUUAUAAUCAGAGAUACUGAUACAACUGAUAAUAUCAUUCAGAAGAUUGAGAACGAUAGUGAUACUGAGAAUGAUAAUGAUACUUUCUUCGUUGUUAUGAAUAAAUCACAGAAUGGAGGUCAAUCCCCGCCUGUAACUACUGAUAUUGAGACAGGAGAUUACGAUGUGACCAGGAAUGAACAAGUAAAUAACAAUGGCGUGUCACAAGUAUUGUUUGGUGAGAUUUUGUUAGCUGGAACGCCUUAUUUGGAAACUACUAAUGUUAAUCCUAAUGGUGUGCCAUACGGUAAGGAAUGCCAGCCAGAUUGUAAAGCCUCGAGGAACGAGCGCUGCCAGAGGAUUGAUGGACUAAUGAAAUGUGUGUGCAGACCUGGAUUCGCUAGAAUGUUCCCUGACAGACCUUGUAAACCAACAUACACCUACUCCGUGAAACUGGCUCUUGGAUCCCAAGGAAAUGAACGAUUGGAAUUCCAUGAUAAACUAUCGGAUAACUCAAGUAAGGAGUACCAUGCUUUAGCCGUGGCUUCUCAUGAAGGCAUCAACAGGAUGAUUAUGCAAUCAGACUUGAGGGACGUCUACCACGGGGUCCAUAUCAAUGGCUUCCACCCAGUGGAAAUGAAGAAUACAGGAGGAGACUUGUACCAGGGUGUGAUGAACGACUUCUAUGUACAGCUCUCAGACAAUGCACAUGAGAGCAGACUCAAGGAGGUCAUAGAGAAGUAUUUGAGGAACAAUAACUACAGUCUCGGAGGUACAGAGGUCCAUGCUGCUAGUGAGCUGAUGGAAAAAUUGGAUGUCAGUGACUUCGAUGAGUGCGUCAGUGGCCAGUUCCAUGAUUGCUCUGAGCAUGCACAAUGCUUCAAUCUUCGCGGUACCUAUACUUGCAGCUGCCUUGAAGGCUUUGCUGACCUCAGCGUCAACGCGUUGUACCCUGGCAGAAUUUGUUCUGCCGAACCAGUGGGAUGUGAAAGGUGUAACUAUCACGGCGCUUGUUAUUCGAGGGAUGACAGAAGAGUGCUGUGCGAGUGCUUCCAGUGGUACGCCGGUAGCUCCUGUCAGAUUAACCUGAAGGUGGUCCUCAUAUCCUUGGUGGUGUGUGGUGCUCUUCUGACGGUCGUGCUGGCUGUAUGUGCUGUGAUGGCGUGUACUCGGCGCGCGCGCAGGGCGCCGCAUCCACAGCGUUCCAUCGUCGCUUGCAUACAGAGCAUGCCUAGCUUACAUCAGGGUGCAAUGCCAAAGCAGAGAGCUGACAGAAGAGCGUUAAUCAGCGAACGAGGAGAAUCUGGAGACAAUUCUAGCAUUCAGAAUGCGUCACUGCCUUACAUACCAGCGAAAAGAGCGUCAUCAAGUGGCAAGAAAGGCGUGAUGUCUGAUCCACCAGCUCAUGAUCCUCCACCGCCACCAGCUCCGGCCGUCAUGAUCCCCAGAGCUAGGCUGCACCCUCAUCAUGGCGACAGCCGUGAAAACAUCGCCAGAAAAAGAAGCUUGGAGCUCAGCAGUGAAGCGAAAUUGAUUAGUUAUUUGGAGUCUGGAGCUUCCACUUCUAAUGAUGAGGCAAGAGCUCUAGUCUCAGCAGGAUUCAAAGUAUCAACUACAGUUAGACCAGAUGAAGCAGCAAUGAAGGAAGAAAGAGAUGAUCUCUCUUCAGUAACCAAAGGAGACUUGGAGGCUGAACUUGCAAGAUUUGAUACGCUAAGAAAAUCUUACAGCCAAGAAGAUCUAUCAGAAUGGACUGAUGCCGAAAGAAGAUUAGGUGAAUUGACCCUGUCUGAAGCAAGAUCUGUCGGUGGAACCCUUCCAGCGAGUACAGGAAGAGCUGCUUCAUCAACACGUCUUACACACCAGGAACACACGAUGGCUGAACGUGACCUUGGAUCCACCUUCCUCUUGCCUCACGUGCACCUCUACAAACCAGAUCUAGUGGGUAUCUUUUAGCAUCUUCCAGUAUUUGCUUUUGUAGAUUU